GUGCGGCGGCUACAGUGGCUCUUGUGCCCAUGGCGGCCGGCGGCGGGUCGCUCAAGCGGCCCUACGAGCUGGUGGUGUUUGGGGCUUCAGGCUUCACCGGCCAGUUCGUGGUGGAGGAGGUGGCGCGGGCGGCGGCCGGCGGGGAGCUACGCGGUGCCUUGCGCUGGGCGGUGGCCGGGCGGAGCCGGGAGAAGCUGCAGGCGGUUCUGGAGCGGGCGGCCGAGAGGCUGGGGAAGGCGGCGCUCGGGGCGGAGGUCGGCGUGCUGCUGUGCGAUGUGGGCGACGCGGCCUCGCUGGCCGCCAUGGCGAGGCAGACCCGGCUGGUGCUCAACUGCGUGGGCCCGUAUAGAUUCUUUGGAGAGCCUGUGGUAGAAGCUUGUGUUGAAAAUGGUGCAAGCUGCAUUGACAUCAGUGGAGAACCCCAGUUUCUGGAAGGAAUGUACCUGAAAUACAAUGAAAAAGCUGCGGAAAAGGGAGUAUAUGUCAUUGGAAGCUGUGGCUUUGACUCUAUACCAGCCGAUAUGGGAGUACUGUUCACCAGAGACAAGUUGAAAGGUACCUUAACUGCUGUUGAAAGCUUCCUGACAGUGAAAUCUGGACCUGAGGGUCCUUGUGCACAUGAUGGGACCUGGAAAUCAGCUGUUUAUGGCCUUGCGGAUCAAGACAACUUGAGGAAGCUUCGAAAAAAGAUAGGAUAUGCCCCUGUUCCAGUAGUUGGUGCAAAACUUAAAAGAAGAGGAUUUGUGUUUUACAAUCGGGAAUUCAAAGAGUACUCCAUUACAUUCAUGGGGUCUGAUGGUUCUGUUGUGAAACGGUCUCAGCGCUAUUUGCACACAGAGUUGCAGGAAACACCUGUGCAGUAUGGCGCCUAUGUGAACAUAGGUGGCCUUGGCUCUGUUAUCAAGCUGAUGUUUUGUGGCAUUUUAUUUCUUCUUCUUGUGAAGUUUAGCUUUGGAAGAAAACUUCUGACAAAAUACCCAGAAUUUUUCUCUGCUGGACACUUCACAAAGAAAGGACCAACCCGGAAACAGAUGGAUGGAACCUCCUUUACAAUGACUUUUUUUGGCGAGGGUUAUAGUGAGGGGCAAGAUCCCCAGAAUGGCAAACCGAAUGUAAAGAUCUGCACCGAAGUGAAAGGACCAGAGCCUGGCUAUGUUGCUACACCAAUUGUAAUGGUUCAAGCAGCUGUAUCUGUUCUGGAAGAUGCCGCUUCUCUGCCUAAACAGGGUGGUGUAUAUUCUCCGGGAGCUGCCUUCUCCAAAACAAAGCUGAUUGAUCGCCUCAACAAACGUGGUGUUGAGUUCUCUGUUAUUAGCAAGCCUGAAGUCUGAAGUCAACUGUACGAAGUAACACCUUUCCUGGGUCUAACACCUAAGUAACUGUAUGAACUAACACCUUUCCUGGGUCUAACUCCAAUAAAACUCAUAUGGCUGUAAAAGCCUAAUCAUAAAAUAGUUUCACUGUGCUAUUGUUUACAGCAGAAACAGAAGAAAAAUUGAGUUAAAAGUUAUAAUACUGUUUGCUAUAGUGAGCAAACUCAUAAAGGGUAUUGAGUUUUAAUUCACAAGCAAAUGAAAUUAGUGACUUACUGGCUACUAGCGCUACAAUCUCUUUUAAUUUCUUUAAUCUAAGUUGUAAGUUACUACUUAAUGGAACCGCUAUAGCAUCUGCUUCACAAUUAACCACAGCCUUCUCACUUCACCGUGUUCCCCAACUAUUAAAAGCAGGCAGGCCCCAGAUAACGAGUGCCUAAGCAGAUGAAGCCGCUAGUUACUCCUCAUGCCUGUUUGGGAUAGAUGCUACUACUUUGUGGUGUUUUUACUUUCAAAGCCUUAGUACCCAUAGCGAAAUAAAAGAGGAGUUGUCAUUUCUCAGAGUUUAAGGAAUAGUUUUGUCUUUUUUUUUCCCUGCGUUACUAUAAAGAUCAACUGACUCCAUACUGUUGUCUUAAGGUAUGUUGACUUUCAUCCUUACUAGCUUGCAUGUAGUAGAUGUGGUAAAGGAGAGACGAGAAAUCACAAAGAGUAGCGUUUGUCAAUAUGACCAUGAGUGGCAGUGUGGCAGUUCCUCUCCCCGUGGUGGCUGACGACGCGGCACCCAAGUGGCCCUACAAGCUGGUGGUGGGCGGGGCCUCAGUGUAAGCACUGCUCAGCGUUAACUAAAACAUCCCAGCUUUAUCAACACUGUUUCCAGCACAAAUCCAAAGCACAGCCCCAUACUAGCUACUAUGAAGAAAAUUAACUCUACCCCAGCCAAAACCAGCACAUUAUUGCUGGUAGCAUAAUAGUUACAGGAGUCUCUUAUAAGCUUCUCAUGCUGUCUGGUUUCUGGGUAUGUAUUACAGGGAACGGAAACAUUGAGUCACAGAAAUACUUGAAAG